CGCUGACUCCCUCGCCAGGGCAGACCACGUGAGCCGGAAGAGCCAAUGGCAGCGCGGGAAGGGCGGGCUGCCCUCCCCUGGCCCAGGCGCCACUUCCGGGAGGGCCGCGGCGCCAUCGGGAGAAGGACGAGAGGCGUGAGGCAGCUUUUGUCGUCGACUUGGUUCCCGCAGCCAUGCUGGUAGCAAGGAUGGUGUGCCUUCGGGCUCUCUCUGGCCACAGUCUGCGCUCUGCCGUUGCUCAGGUCUCCCCCGCCGUGAGAAAUUCCUCCCUCAAGACCAAGCAGUGGCUCACGCAGCCUUACCAGGGAUAUGCCUCCAGGGUUCGGACGGGAAUACGCCAAAGAAAAGUCGGUGAAGAAAUGAAAGGAGCAGCUUUUGAACCAUCGAUGGAAACAGCCUUUAAAAUUCACCAGACAGGACGGUGGAUCGUGGCUGGGGGUGCUGCUGUCGGACUUGGAGCCCUCUGUUAUUAUGGGCUGGGGAUGUCCAAUGAAAUCGGCGCGCUGGAAAAAGCCGUGAUUUGGCCCCAGUACGUCAAGGACAGGAUUCGUUCCACUUACACGUACUUCGCCGGGAGCGUGGGCUUGACCGCCUUGUCUGCAGUGGCCGUCAGCAGAUCCCCUGCCAUGAUGGGGCUGAUGAUGAAGGGCUCCUGGCUGGCAAUUGGCGCCACCUUUGCGGUGAUGAUCGGAGCCGGCAUGUUGGUUCGAUCCAUAGAUUACGAACAGAGCCCAAUCCCCAAACACGUGGCAUGGAUGCUGCACGCAGGUGUCAUGGGUGCAGUGGUGGCCCCUCUGACUCUCCUGGGCGGCCCCCUCCUCAUCCGAGCUGCUUGGUACACAGCAGGGAUCGUGGGGGGGCUGUCCGCCGUCGCCAUGUGCGCCCCAAAUGAGAAGUUUCUGAACAUGGGAGCCCCCCUCGGCGUGGGCUUGGGACUUGUGCUCGUUUCUUCUGUGGGAUCGAUGUUCCUGCCUCCGACUUCCAUCUUGGGCGCCGGCAUGUAUUCCAUCGCAAUUUACGGGGGGUUGGUCCUUUUUAGUCUGUUCCUGCUUCACGACACCCAGCAAGUUAUCAAACGUGCAGAGAGUCAGCCGUACCUGGUGGUCGGCAUGCGGAAAUACGAUCCCAUCAACGCGUGUAUGGGCAUUUACAUGGACACCCUCAACAUCUUCAUCAGAGUGGCUACUAUGCUUGCUGGCGGUGGUGGCAGGAAGAAGUAGAUGCAGCUUCACUGACAGGUCACCAGUCAGUUUCUCUUCUUAGUGCAAACUAGAAUAAAAUGUUUGUUGCGUCCAAGCAGCUUUCAUAUAGACGUUUGAUAUUCUAAGUACUCAGUCUUGAACUUCUUCUCGGUCAGCAUGACUUAGGUCUUGGUUUCCAGUUGUAAUUUGUAAAGCAGCCAGUGGAAACCAGUUUGCACGCACCACUCAAAUCACUUUACUUGGAUUGGAGAGGUUUUUGAAACGGAAAAGAAGUUCAUAUCAAUAAAUCUACAUUUAUAGCAAUUGCUAAGUUCUCUUCUCCUUUCAAAAGGUCUGCCCACUCUGGUCUGGCGUCGUAGGCCUAGAAGACCAUGUAUGCUCUUUAGCAAGAAUUGAAUUCAGCUACGGAUUCAGAAACUAUAAAAUCAUUUCAGUGGAAAAUCAGGAAGCUAUCCAAGCAUAUUUGCUACCUGAAAUUGGCUUAUUUUGGACAGACCUCCUGGUGGAAAUUUGAUGUAGAGAGGAACAGUGGAGAGUAGCAAAGAAUUCUUUGUGGGGCUGUGUUCUGCCCCGAAGUCAGGAGGGGCCCUCAUCUUCAGCCAUGUUUUUUUCUCAAAAUCCUCUACCACAGCGUUUCUCAACCUUGGCAACUUUAUGAUGUGUGGACUUCAACUCCCAGAAUUCUCCAGCUAGCGUUGCUAGCUGGAGAAUUCUGGGAGUUGAAGUCCACAUAUCGUAAAGUUGCCAGGGUUGAGAAACACUGCUCUACCAAAUACUAGCGUCCAACUGGCCCUUCCUUUUGAUCAUUGGAGAGGGAUUUCUAAAAGAAUAUUAAGCGGGACUCUACAUGCAAUUCCAGAAUUAUCGGCUGGGGAAAAACAGUUGUACAUAAACCUAUAAGAGAGAAAAUGCAUUCAAAAUGAUGUGAAGAUCCCAGCUUCUGUAACGCUCUCAUUUCGUUCACAGAUACAGCAAUUCUGCAAUGUAUAGUGUCAAUCUAUGUUAUCAGGUCUUAAUAAAUGAAAUCCUUGCACAACA